GGGCCAUUUUCCCAUCUGUUUGAUGGAAUGUUCCUCCCCAAAGCAGGUAAAAAGUGCGAGCAUGAGAAGAAUUCUCUAAAGAUGCUUGAUCACCUGGUUGAUAAAAAUGACCUGAAGCCGGUGAUGAAGAAGUACGGCCUGGAGCCAGAGCAGGACAUGCUCUUCAUCAAGGAGAUGAUUGGGGGACCUCUGGACUCUAAUAAACAAAAGAAGUGGAAAUAUGAAGGUCGAGACGAGGACAAGUCCUUCCUCUAUGAAAUCGUGGCCAAUAAAACAAAUGGCAUUGAUGUGGACAAGUUUGACUACUUUGCCAGGGACUGCCACCACCUGGGCAUCCAGAACCACUUUGACCAUCACCGCUUCUUCAAGUUUGCCAGAGUGUGUGUGGUGGAGGGGAGGAAGCACAUCUGCUCUCGAGACAAGGAGAAGGACAAUCUGCGUGACAUGUUUGAAAAUAGAAGUUCUCUCCACAGGAAAGCCUAUCAGCACAAUGUGAACAAGCUCAUAGAGACUAUGAUCACAGAUGCCUUCGUAAAAGCAGAUCCAUGCAUCCAGAUUGAAGGCUCAGGAGGGAAGACGUUCACUCUCUCUGAAGCUAUAGAAGACAUAGAGGCCUACACCAAGCUGACAGGUCAACAGAUGCCACAGUGUGCUGUCAAUUUAAAACUAAGGAACAUUAAGAUACACGGAGGAGUGGGCGGGAUACACAAAGCACUAUCUGUGCCAUGUUUAACUUUUACUUUUACUUGCCUGCACAUAAAGGGAACCUGUUAGACUCUAUCAUUGUACUAUGGCAGAAAACACAGGGAGCCAAGUCUCUAAA